AUGGAUUCCACAGACCGCUUCCGUCAGCCUGGCCUCAAUAGCUACCCAUCAAUAGGCCAGCAGCAGUACAAUGGCAACAACAACAACCAGCUGCCCACCCUGCCGCCUCUACAGAGCGCCAGCCAGUACGCGCCCAUGUACAGCCACAAUAGCAACCCUCACACGCCCCAGCCGCCGCACACGCCUGUGACCUCGGCCGCCAAUGGCAGUUCUACCAUGCCUCCGCUACAGCACCCGCCGCUGCGACCCCUCCAGCCCACGCCGAGUUCGUACAUGCCCAUGUCGUCGGCUUAUUCGCAGGCGCCUAUGCUGUCCACAGCAUCUGCGCAUACCAACGGCCACCAGCUCGGCGGCCCUCCUGGCAUGGGACUGGGACACACGUCCAUGUACGCCCACCCUCCCGUACUCCCCAACCAGGAGCCCGAACCCGUUCACGUCGUCGGUCAGCAAGGUCGUCGCGGAGUCUUGCCCACGCACCCCGGUAGGCCCGCACCCGCUGCAGGCAAGACUCCCACCACUGCAACCAAGAAUGCCGAGGGCAAAUACGAGUGUCCUCACUGCAACAAGACGUACCUGCACCUGAAGCAUCUCAAGCGUCAUCUGUUGCGCCACACCGGCGAGCGGCCCUACCAAUGCCAUCUCUGCAAGGACACUUUUAGCAGAAGCGACAUCCUGAAGCGUCACUUCCAAAAGUGCUCAAUACGAAGGGGUAACCCAACCGGCGCGAACCACCUCCAGCACGCGCAACAACAUCUGCAGAAGAACAGGCAGCCCAGCGGCGCGGACCAGAACUCGUACCUCAACCACAUUGGCGCGAAUUCCAUGUCUUACGCAGAUGCUGGUGGCUACACCAUGGGCUUGCCUCAGAUGCCGGCGAUGGGCGGCAAUGGCUUCAACGACAGCCUACCUUCGCUUGCCAACCAUCACCAGUCCAUGUCGGCGCGCACAUCUCGCUCUAACAGCUUGAUGCGCCCCAGCAGUGGAGUAGAGGACAGCGCGCAUCGUAGGAGCAUGUCGGCCAUGGACUUCGCGAACAACAGGAUGAACUUCAACGACUACCGGCCCGACGGUCUCGCCAAUGGCUACGCGCAACAGCAGCAGCAACAGCAGACUCAGCCUGCAGCCAACGGAUCCGACCCCAACUCCCAUUACAACAACUAUGACCACGCCUCCACCAACGGUUCGAUGGCACAGAAUGGCAUGACCGUUAAGAGUGAGGCCGCGGACCCAGCUUCGUACGGAGGAGCAUCGACCCUGCCCAACGUGGACGGCAUGACCAACGGCCAGGAUGGCUCACUUUGGCGAAACGGAUCGUUCAACGGCGAUAUGAAUAAUUCCAGUACGGCAGGUGGCCCAACCUUUCAAAAAUCGGCCCAGUUCUGA